AUGCCGCCCAGCACCAAGGGCCGCCAACGUCCCGCCCCCAGCACGGCUUCCCCCACAAGCCCCUGGCUGGGCCCGCUGGACAGGGCAGAGCUGGAGGCCUGCCUGCAGGCGGACGACACAGCGCGGCGGCCACGCCUGCUGAAGCGCUGCACAUUCGAGCUGGGGGCGCAGCCGCAUCCGCCGCGAGAGAAGCUGCCGGCGAGCUGGGCCCGCAACUGCCGCGGCCCCAACAGCCAGCACGCACUGCUGGCGACCGCAGGGCUGAGCAGGCAGGAGGCUACUGGCUGCAUGGCCAGCAGACGCCGCACCAGCCGAGGCUCCAGCACAGCCCAGGGCAUGACGGCGGCGGCGCCCUCCCCAAGGGCCGGCACCGCCGACACCGUCCAGCGCGCGCAAUCGGCGCCGCCGGCAAGCGGGCCGCCAGAGUCUGUCGAUGAGGUGCCCCCUGGCAAGCUUGGUGGGAAGGCGGCAGUGGCGUUACUCAAGCGCAGCCCCUCGGCGCUUCCAGCCUGGCUGGACGAUCCGCUGCCGACGCUGUCGCUGCCGCUCCCCGGCGGCGCCGUGCGCCCCCCCAAGGCGCCAAUUGCGCCGCCGCCUGAGCGGCGCCAGGUGCAGCGGCAGGAGCUGCCGCAUGCGCCUGUCAGCACAGCCGGGGCGCAGCAGGAGCAGCAGGCACCUGCUGCUGGGGGCGUGGAGCUUGACUGGCUGCUGCCGGAUGUGGCUCAUGCCUCGGGAGCCCUCCAGUCGCCAUCAAUCAAGCUGGGAGAGCAAGAGUGGCGCCUGGUGGCGUACCCUCAGGGCCUCAACGGCCGCGGCCGCUCCCUGUCUGUCUACCUGUCUGCCGUCGGCGGCCACGCCUUCACACCCUUCUCCAGCUGGAGGCAGCGCCUGAUGUUUGUGUUGACGGUGGUCAGCGCGCGCGGAGGCAUGUCGCUGUCGCGGCUGGAGGAGCACACGUUCGACCCGCUGGAGCCGCAGUACGGCUUCACCACCCUCAUAUCCCGCUCAGAGCUGCUGGACCCCGCGGCCGGCUUCCUGCGCGACGACGGCGGCGUGCUGCUGCGCGCCAGCCUGGUGCCGAUGCCGUGCUGA